UCUUUUCUCACUUACGCGGCGCCUCGUCUCGCCUGCUCUCUCUCUCUCUCUCUCUCUCGUAGUAACACACAGGCAGGAGGAAACUAAAACUAUGUCCAUGGCAGUCACUGAUCUCUCCGUGAUCCUUCCCCGGGUUCUCAUCGUCUCCCGGCGGACCGUUCGCAAGAACAAGUUCGUAGAUUUCGUCGGUGAAUAUCAUCUGGAUCUGAUCGUCGGCUACGGAGCGGUGCCGGUGAUCGUUCCCCGAGUCAGCGGCGUACACAUGCUGUUAGACAGCUUCGAGCCCAUCCACGGCGUUCUUCUCUGCGAAGGAGAAGACAUCGACCCGUCGCUUUACCAGCCCGAAACGUCCGGCCUCUCGCCUGAAGAACUUGACGAAAUCCGGCGACUCCACGUGAGCGACACCGCCAUUGACAAGGAAAAGGACACGAUCGAGUUCCGACUCGCCAAGCUCUGUUUGGAACGGAACAUUCCUUACCUCGGAAUUUGCCGAGGAUCGCAGGUUCUAAACGUGGCCUGUGGCGGCACGCUUUACCAAGACGUCGAGAAAGAAUUGUCCAAGAAACUGCCGGAAAACCAGAGAGUCGCUCACAUCGAUUACGAUAACUACGACGGCCACCGCCAUGCGGUUAAGGUAGUGGAAACGACGCCGCUGCACCGCUGGUUCAAGGAAUCUCUCGAUAACGGGGAAAUGGAGAUUUGGGUCAACAGUUACCACCAUCAGGGCGUCAAGAAAUUGGCCCAGCGCUUCGUUCCGAUGGCCUUGGCGCCGGACGGGCUGGUCGAAGCGUUCUACGAUCCGGACGCUUAUAACCCGGAAGAGGGCAAGUUCAUAAUGGGGCUCCAGUUUCAUCCGGAGAGAAUGCGGCGGCCGGAUUCCGACGAUUUCGAUUAUUCGGGAUGCCCCUCUGCUUAUCAGGAAUUUGUGAGGGCGGUGAUUGCUUAUCAGAAGAGGCUGAACAGCUCCACCAGCGUGCCGAGAUCCUUGAAGCUCGAUCAAGAAAUGGAGAACCGGAGAAAAGCAAUAAUUAGAAGCUUCUCUCUCGCCAGAAACAUAUACGCCCACGGCAUUGAGAAUGGGAUUAAUCCCUCCAAGGAAUCUGAAUCUGAGCUCGAAGCUGGAGCAGAGUUCCUGGAGUCGAACACGGCAUUGAGCGUGCAGCAACAGAAGAGGCUGAAGCAGAUGGGGGCGACGGUGAGGAAUUCGUCGUCGUACAUCGACAAGCUGAAGCUGAAUGCGGAGAGGGAGAGCCUGGCGAGGAAAGUGGUGGGGAAGAUGUCGGUGGAGCAGAUAUCUGAUCUCAUGUCCUUCUAUCACAUGAUGGGGCAGAUCUGCUCCGACGUUUUGGAGAGAAAGCUUCACGGCAUUGUCAACGAGCUUGGCCCUUGAUCAUCACAUGAAACUCGCAUCUUCUUCUUCUUCUGCCCCUUUCCUAUCUACUGAUUCCCUUUGUAUCUACCCUCUUCCUGGCUCUGAUUUUCCGAGAAAGUAAUGGAAAAUGGUGUAUUUUUCUCGCCGUGGAUAGAUGGGUGCAUGGUGUGGGUAUAUUGGUGGGUUGGUUGAGUGCUUUGUUUGUGGGUUAACUUGAGAGUUGUACGGCGGAGGUGGCGUGAAAGGGAGAGCACAAGCGAUGAGUCAGUGGUUAUCUAGUGGCCAAUUCCGUGAAACCACGUUUGAAAAGUGGUUCCAGAACUACUAGUAGUAACUAGUAGUGGUGGUUGCCAAUUUUUUUGGUAACAAAGUUCUUAGAAAUCCUGGGAAGUAUCCGUCUUCUUCUAGAUUUAAGAAGGAUGGAUUAAAUGGUCAUUCCACACACAUCCAUAUAAUUUUUUAUUAUAUUGUAUGCCCUUGUCUCUCAAACCGCCAAUUUUGUGUUGUGUACUUUACAAAUAAUGUUAUUUAAUCAUACUUUAUAAUUGUAAAUAGUAAUAGUAAUCUUAUUGUCUAAAAUAAAAUUAUCAUUUAAAAGUGUUAGUUAUCCUUGGCUUGCACGAGAUAAAACAGAGCCGAGAUCCACCUAGAGAAGUAAUAAGUGGGUAGGAAAGAAUUCCCGGGCCCAAUAAAAGGAAACUGGAUUUGAAGGAGCCCAUUCUCCAAAGGGCUUUCACGUACUCACUCUAUCUAUCCAGAAAGAAUUUGUAGG